AUGCGGUGUCCUAUUCAUGGUGGUAAUACUGCUCAUUCACUGAGGGAAUGUCAUAAGUUUCGUAAAAGGCCGUACAAGGAGAAGGUAGACUAUCUGUUUAAACAUGGAUAUUGCCUGGGGUGUUGCGGGGGAGCAUUUGACAGUUCAACAUCGUGCACCGAAGUGUGUAAUGUGCCACAGAACACUAGUAAAUCCUGCGCAAAAAUCUCACUGAUCAAAGUAUAUUCGGAAGGACAACCGUACCGUGCACGCCAUGUGUAUUGCGUAAUCGAUGACCAAAGCAACCAGUCUUUGGCGUCAUCAUUCUUUUUUGACGCAUUUGGAGAGUCUGGUCCAGAAACUGAAUAUGUACUUUCGACAUGUACAGGGAGAUCAGUUACAACAGGAAGAAAGGCAUCUGGAUACAUCGCACAAUCACUUGAUGGAUCUUACACUCACAAAUUACUUUGUUUGAUUGAGUGUAAUGAAAUAUCAAAUAACCGUGAUGAAAUCCCCUCAAAAUCUGUUGCUCGUCAUUAUUCUCAUUUGGCGGAUAUACAGGACUAUAUUCCGGAGAUUGACACUGGAGCCAACAUCGAUAUAUUGAUUGGUCGGGAUCUUACAACAGCGCAUCAUAUGUUAGAUCAGAGAGUUGGUCAGGAUGGCUUACCUUUUGGACAGAAAUUACCUUUCGGCUGGGUUGUGGUAGGAAACGUCUGCCUUGGGAAAGUCCAUCAACCAGAAAUUGUCAGUGUGAUGAAAACUUCCGUACUUACCGAUGAACGCGCCUCAUAUUUAAUACCCUGUGAUAGUGAGUUUUCUGUGAAGGAAGGAUAUCCGGAUAUCUUUCAACGCUCGCCAGGAGAUGAAAAACUAGGUCUCUCUAUUCAGGAUAAGAAGUUCAUGGAAUCAGGCUUCAAGAGAUCUACUGAUGGGUUCUGGGAAGCACCGUUACCAUUUAAGGAUUGCAGACAACCUCUACCGAAUAACCACUCGAUGGCUUUACGUAGGGCCAUGUCGUUUGAUAGAAGCUUACGAUCUAAUCCGAUCAAGUGUAAACAGGUUGUUGAUUUCAUGGACAAACUUCUAGUGAAUCACCAUGCGGAGUUAGCCCCGAAACUACCUGCUGUGUCUGAACGAUGGUACUUACCUAUGUUCGCCGUACAUCACCCUAAGAAACCAGAAAGAGUACGCGUGGUAUUCGACUCUUCGGCUAAGUAUAAGGAUUCAUCGUUAAACUCUGUGCUAUUACAAGGCUCGGACAUACUGAACAACUUGUUUGGUAUAUUACUUCGCUUCCGGAAAGAGAAAGUUGCCGCAACCAUGGACGUAGAGCACAUGUUUUAUAACUUCAAGGUGCCCGAAAAGCAGCGUUGCUACUUACGAUUUUUCUGGCACCAGAAUAACGACAUUGACCAGCCGCUUAUUGAAUAUCAAAUGAAUAGACAUGUGUUUGGUAAUUCUACCUCACCUUCCAUCGCUAAUUAUGGAUUCCGGAAAAUUGUCGAGGGUGCGGAUAAGGACGUACAAGACCUCAUCAAUGAAAAUUUCUAUGUAGACGAUGGAUUAGUGUCGUGUAAAACCGUGGACCAAACAGUUGACCUCGUGCUUCAAGCUCAACAAACUCUGCAGGAUAGAGGGAGAGUAAGACUCCACAAGUUUCCCUCGAACAGUAGGUAUGUACUCAACGCUUUGGAUCAAGCUGAUUUAGCCAAGAAUCUGAAGGACUUAGACUUAGGAACUGCUGCACUUCCUACUCAGAGAAGUCUAAGACUUUUAUGGAAUACUGAAAGUGACUCUUUCAUAUUUAGCGUGAAUCAGGUGGAAAAACCAUAG